AGGUAUUGCUUUAUGGCAGGUAUCAGAGCGCCAGAUUUGAAAGGAAAAUACACGUCUUCAUAUCAAUAUUUUAACGUCAAAUAAUUUAUUUUAAGAAACGUUGUUAAUUCCAUGAAAACAACAAGCACGUCGUUGUUGAUCAGAUGUCUGUAUAUAUGUCUGUAUAUGCAGUGAAAUGAAAUCUUGAAGGUUGUGAACAUCGGUUUGUUAGCCUGUUGACUGUUGCUAUUUUGGGCAGCAAGUAAUAGUUCAGAGACAUUUUAAAGUUACCAAUAUUUGGAUAAAUUAAUCUAUGGAUCAAGUCUCUGAAAUUGGCGAUGCAUUACCGAGUGCACCUGUUUGUCCAUCGAAGUUUCAUGUUGAAGUACAUCAAAACCCUUGUAGCACUGCCAGAGUGUCUCUGGUUCAAGAACACGUACUGGCUGCAUUGAGGAAACAGAAGGUUGCUUAUGGAGACUUCACUGUGACAGAGUUCGAUGAUGCUUUCCUGACUGAGCAUGUCAAGUCAAUAUCUUUGUGUGAUACCGAUCUGGCAGACAUAGGUCGAAAGGCUAUCGACCUGACUUCGUGUAUACUCCACAUCCAUGUGUUCCAACUUCAUGAAGAUGGACCCGGCCAGGAAGAGAUCGAUGAUGAAGAUCUGGCUGCUGCCAGUCACUGGCUCCUGCCGUCUGCUGAUUUCCAUGGCGUGUGGGACAGUCUUGUAUUUGAUGAAGAGGUCAAGGCAAAGUUGUUAAACUAUGCCACAACCACCUUGCUGUUCUCUGACCGAGCAGUGGACAGUAACAUCAUCACCUGGAACAGAGUGGUUUUACUUCAUGGCCCUCCUGGUACAGGAAAGACAUCGCUCUGUAAGGCCCUAGCACAGAAACUGACCAUAAGACUGUCGGAUCGAUACACAUACGGUCAGCUGAUCGAGGUCAACAGUCACAGUUUGUUCUCCAAGUGGUUCUCAGAGAGUGGGAAGCUGGUGAUGAAGAUGUUCCAGAAGAUUCAGGAACUCAUCAAUGAUCCAGAAUCCCUGGUCUUUGUUCUCAUAGAUGAGGUAGAGAGCUUGACGUCAGCCAGGAAGAGUGCCCUGUCAGGGAGUGAGCCAUCAGAUGCUAUACGGGUUGUCAACGCUCUCCUGACACAGAUUGACCAGAUCAAGAGGCAUCCCAAUGUGCUGAUCCUUACUACAUCUAAUGUGACUGGUGCUAUAGACUUGGCAUUUGUAGACCGGGCAGACAUCAAGCAGUACAUCGGUCCCCCCUCUCCAUGUGCAAUAUUCAAGAUCUACCUCUCCUGUCUCAACGAACUAAUGAGGUCCGGGAUAAUCAGCCCUGCCCAGCAGCUGCUGGACCUCCGAGACCUGGAGGUGAUGAGGUUUAUAGAAAACGACGCCACUAGACUCAGUCUGCACCUCAGGAAUGUCGCAAUCAAGAGCCAAGGUUUGAGUGGAAGGACCCUGCGGAAACUCCCUUUUAUUGCCCACGCCAUGUUUGUGCAGAGACCUACUGUGACCCUGGACAACUUUGUGGAGUAUCUGUCUAAAACAGUGGACCUUCAGUUCAAGGAGAGAGAGGACUUGACCCGAGAUUGACCUAUAUAACAUUACAUUAGACAAGUUUGUGCACCACCUCUGGAACAGUGGACCGUCAGUUUGAGGAGAUGAAGGACUUCACCUGAGAGUGAAGCAUAGUUAGUCCCCAACAUAGGAGUGUGCUGAAGGUUGUCACCUCUGUAGCUGACAUGUCAGACUCGGGGACAGAGGGACCAGUCUUGCACAAUGUCCCUUCUCACAGGAU